GUCAAGAAUUUAUUACAAUCCAAGAAGGCCUGUCAAAUCAAUCGAAUAAAUCUCCAAUUGUCAAUCACAAAAACUAAAACCAUUCCAAUCAUUAAUUAACCAAUAUGGACUACCUGGAUAUUGAAUCCUUUCGUUCGAAAUACAGCGACAUAACCGUGACAGCAGUACCAGCUGGCUCCAAGACAGGAAGAGACGAAAUGAUGAUUACAAACCAGGAGAUUGCGGGCAAGCGGCACGAGCCACAAGUCGAGAUCACAAGGGUGCCUGGAGGUGAACCACAAGGAAGCACCGCUACGGCAAAUCCAGCGGUGAUGCAGCGCAACAGGCAGCAGCAAAACGCUGCAGCAUUUGCCUAUGCUAGCGAAUACAAGGAGGUGAUGGCCAAACUGGAGUACACCAAGUACAUGCAGGCCCAGCUUCAACUAAUGUCCAUUGCGAAUGGAGGAAGGCGUUUGGGUGGAAUCGAUGGUGGUCCGUCAUCUAUAAAUCUGGAUGUCAAUGCCAAUAUAGUAGAUAAGUAUUCUGAUCUACUGAAUAUCCUGGAGGAAAUGCGCUCCAAUUUGCCACCAACGAUGAUGGGUUUGCGGGCGCCCAAGGAGCGACUCCAGCGGGACAUUUCCCAAGCCAGGAUUAGAGUGCAUGAGUGUCUAUUGCUCCUAGAGAAGGAUCGUCAACUAGAGAGUAAUGAAAACCAGGACACCACCACCAAUGAGUGACUUCAUAUGGGGUUAUCCAUCUCCGCAUUGUUAAUGACACCUCGACGGGAAUAAUAAUAAAACACGAGAACAAAAAAAACGAGAACAACAAAAUCCAUCGGAGAGUUCUGGGAACCCUCCGUGUUUAUGAGUACGACUAUGAUGGUGGGGCGAUGGGUUUGGAAUAGACAAAUACUAUGUCUAUGGUGAUGGUGAUGUCUGCAGCAGAAUGGCCGGCAUUUUGACACUAGCGAGCAGCCGAGCGAGAAACUUGUCCGCCAGAAGAUUGGUAAUGU